AUUUGCUUUCUCUCUCUACAAACACCACCAUUUUCGAACAUUCAACCUUCAAUUACUCCCUCAUUUCUCAACCAAAUCCUUCCAAACCACCACCAAAAUUCUCCCCUCACUCUCCCCUACACACCAAUACCCAUCAAUCCUAUCCUCUCCCCCUAAAUUCAAAAUCCGAAAAACCCUAGCCCCAAAUCACAAAAGUCCGAAUUUUGUAAGAGCCUAAGAGGUACCCAUGGCUCCCAAACGAGAUAGGGCCGUGACACAAUCAGCAAGGACACCAGUUCCAGGCUAUGAAAGGGUCCGUUUCAGAAACGACGAACAUAGGGAGAAAUUUGUUGAACAAAUUGAAAUAGAGGUACACCCUUCACGUUUUUUGUGUCAUGCUACUCUUACCACUCUAGGUAUUAUUGAAACAAUGCAUGCUUUGUUCAUGAAGUUGAGUAUGGAAUUGAUUUUUGACAUGAAGUACAAUUCAAAUGAGGAUGUUAUCUACGAGUUUUUGAGCUCAGCCAUGUUUGUAUCAAAUGCAAAUGAUUUUCUUGAGGACAAACUCACGUUUAGGUAUUCCAACACUGAACGUUCAAUUACAAAACGUGAGUUUGCAAAUCAUUUUGGCAUCCCGAUUCCUAAUAUGAGGAAAAAUUCCGAUGACACAAGUUAUGGACAUAACAUGUGGAAAAAAAUGACGGGAGAAGAGAGAGUUAGUUCCUCUUCACUCACUACAACUCAUGUCCAACACCCGGUGUUUCGCAUAUUCUUGAAGUUUUUGGCUAAUAGCGUUCUUGGGCGCCCAAACAACCAUCACACAAGAAUGGGUGAGGUAUGCUUAUUGACCAUGUCCCAAAAUGCAAAUGCAACACCCUUUAACUUGUGCAACUUGAUGUGGGAACAUCUCAAAAAAGAAUGCAAAGCAACGGGGAAUAUUUGGGCGGGAGGAGUAAUUAUGCAUUUGGCCACAAAAUUUGGCUAUACGGAUCGUCAUCCUAUAGCCGACUACUGUUUGAUGGACAUUGAUUAUCUGACUAGUGCCUUAUGUAUCUCUCAUUCCCAUUAUAAUGAGCAAGGUAAGGACUACUACAAGUGGACUAUUCAUCCUAGGCCCUUCCGAUAUUUCACUUUGCCCUCCGAUGACCUACCUCCACUUAUUUUCACCGAGGAUAUGAGCCAUGUCCGCCACUACUUAUUUAUCAAUGCUAUACCUCCACACCUCCGACAUCCUGUAGAUGAUCAACCGGAAGAGCAUCAUGAUGAUAUGCAUGAGGACAUACCCAACCCACCUCAAAACCCUCCGCAAAACCCACCGCAAAACCCUCCUCCAACCGACUAUUUCCAACAACUUCUAGCCGGAUUUCAAAACAUGAGCACGGAGUACAAAACCAUGGGGGGUCAAUUUGACCAACUUAGGCAAGAAGUUGUUCGUUAUCGAGAGGAGCAAAGCACGGGAUUUCAAAGAUUGGAGGAGCAACGCCAAACGGACAAUCAACGAUAUGAGGAAGAUCACCGUAGAAUGUAUGGUCCAAUGUACUCCUACAUAGCUCACCAAGCCUCUUAUAAUGCUAUGGCCACCCCACCUCCACCACCCUCAUGGUAUGACCCCACUCACUAUGGUAGUUUUGGGGGAUCGAGUUCUGGCGGUGGGGGCUAUAAUGGCGGAUUCGGAGGCGAUGACACUAUAGGCGACGAAGGCACCGGCGGCGGCUUUGGAGGCGGUUUCUAUGGUGGCGAGGGCGGGCACUAGGGACAGUGCUUGGAUUAAGAAGGGGGGAGACUCCUCAUUGGUAUUUAUACUAAAAUGGGGAAGGGAAAGCAGGACACGUGGCUGGAUCCGGUAGGCUGUGGCCCCUGCCACGUAGGAACUCAUGCCCCCACUUGCUGCCGCCAUGCUUUUGCAUUAAAUGCGGCAUCCACUUGAUGACUACCCGUUCGGGUAGGGCGUUCGGUUGGCGGGACCCCGUCAUGGGUGUUUGGGUGUAACUGUUUCCUGAAAUGCUCCAAGUAUAUGAAUUGUGCCGAAUGCCGAACGGGUCUGGACUGCUUUGGGCCCUACGCUUUCUCCUGGUUUCCUCAUAUUUUGGGCCGGGGAUAUUGGGCCUGGACCUAAUAUCCCAACAGUAUUUUUAUAACCAUUCUGGUCUGGUCUAGUCUGGGACUGGAAACCGUCCAAGUAAAAACAUGAUAAGCCACCUAUGUUGAAUUGUGUGAUGUGUAUGCUAGUUUUGUUCAUAGUUUCAUUGGUUGCUCAUACGAGUUAUAGAGGCUUUAAAUACGAUGUACUUCGUAUAAGAUUUGAUAUUAUAAAUCAAAGUCUAGUUUGUCUUUUUCAAUUUGUUUGGUGUAG